AUUUGCUGAGAAACAAUGACUAGGACCCAAAAGGGGAAGUCCUUUCUCUCCCACCGUUUCCAUCAGUCACUCCCUCCACGGCUGGGAUGGGGCAUGAUUCUCUACUUGAAACCAAGAAACAAGGAGUGCUCCUCCAUUUCCAGUGUGCCUCCAGUCCUCCACUUCAGUCCGCAGCGUUGUGCACAUGUCAAGAGCCAAUAUUUCAAAAAGGCGGCUGCAAACUUCAGCUUUUCUCAGGAGGUGGUAUGGCAGCGAGGGCUUCCCAGCGUUCCUUAUAGCCAAUACAGCUUUGACCAUCUCUACAAUGCAGACAACAUCAUUCAGCCUCCCCAGAUCAGGAAGGCCAGACCUGAGAAACCUGUCAGCCUCAAGUUCCUGGAUUCUUCAGGCCCCUCAACAAGGGUCACCUCCCAGGCUAUGAAGAUGGAAAGUGCUGCCAAUCUUAAGAAGCUGAAGAAAUCAAAGCCAGGAAGUGCAGUCCAGGAAGCAUCUGGCCCUCUUGUUCUUAGUCCCAGCAGGGAUCCAGACAUGCUGGAUCUGUCACUUUCUCCAGAUGUGACCCUGGAAGAGAGGGGAGCCUGGCUUCCACCUCCUGAGAAGGAGGCCAGAGCCUGGGAGGCUGUUGUGCUGGAAAAGCUUAACAAGCGCACUGCCCGAUGGAUCCAGAACAAGCGUCCUCUGAGGCCUGGGGUGUCCCCCAGUAAGUGGCAGAGCUUCUUGCGCCAGCAAUAUGACUGGAGCCACAUCCGGGAUGAGCUCACUUCCACCAGUGACCUGGAGCUCUUGAAACAACUGGAGGAAGAGGAGACAGCAGAAUUUGAGGAUCGAAGUGUCAUCCUGCCCACCCAGGAGAAAAAGCCAGAGCUGCUGCUUCCUGUCUAUUACAGAUUGCCCAAUUACUUGCCACAAGUGCAGACAGUUGAAACCAUGCCUGGCAACAAUAAGACCGCCGAAAAUAUCGAUGUAAAGGGCAGUGCCUACCAGCCCUCAAACCAAAGCUACUUCCGACAGGUGAAUCCCCGAGCUGGAAAGUUUGCUUACUCCACGGACAACACCUUUGAACAGGAGAUUUACUUUGAUAAAGUCCAGGUCAUCCACCAGAUUGGUGCAAAGAGAGACCAGAUUUUCCUGGAAAACCUCAAUCGAUAUAACAAGCAGCUAUCUAAGGUCUUCCCUGAAACCCCAGAAAGGUGGACUUCUCAGCCAGUUCCUGAACCACCUUGCAGGCCUGUCAAAGGAGCCCUGCGUUGGACAGCUUUGCCCACCCCGGCCAAGGAUCUGCUGCUGCAGGUGGCUGAGGAGGACACGCCCAUGAAGACCAGGAGACUGAAGAAGCAGGCAGAGUCACUGAAGGAGAAUGUGACUUGGGAACUGGUGGCCCUGCGGAGGAUGCUGCAGGAAUGGAGGAUCGCCUGGGCUCUGAUCAUUGAGUGGCACUAUAAGACAAUAGAGGGCCUACUGCAGAGCUUGGUGGACAUCCAUGAUGACAUUCGGAUCCAAGCCAUCAUCACAUGUGCCACAGCUGCGUUAGAACGGCCCCGGAUUGCCAUCAGCCAGGAGGACUCAGAAAGUGUGAAAGCCCCACCUAUCCAGGGCUUGCCAGAGGUUCUACAGCCCGCCCUGAAGGCUGCUCUUUGUGACAAGAAUGCCAAUGUGCGGAUGGCAGCAGCAGUAUGCCAGUAUGCCGUACAGUCACAUAAUCCCCUUGCCCGGGACAUCAUGCAGACUGCCCUUUUGAAGGGUAAUAGCGUGGACAGCUGGGCUGCAGCUCAGUGCCUGGCUCUGGAAGGUGCUGCCACUUAUCCUGUGAUUAAGAGGAUCCUCCAUCAGCUGUUUACCAGGAAGGAUGAGGACACCGAGCACCAGUCUUGUAUGCUCCUGAGCCAUCUCAAUGGGAAGACAACCCUGAUACACACCAUGCUUGCUGUGGAGCUGAACAGCCACCAGUGGAAAGACCGGAUUGUGGCCUGCCGGGUUCUCUCCCGGAUUGGUGGAAAUGUCAGUUUGGAUAUGAAACAUAAGUUGAUCCAGCUGAUGUUGAGUGACUGGAAUAAGAAAGUGAGACACGCAGCUGCCCGGGCUCUGGGGCAAAUGAACCUUGGGAAAGAAGUGCAUGACACAAUCAGAGUCAAGCUGGGGCAAGGAAAUCCUCACGAGCGUGUGGAAGCCCUCUCCCUGAUUCGUGGGCUCAAACUCAUGACCACCAAGCUUCUCCCCAGCUUCCUGAACUGCUUCUCUGAUGACUUCAUGGCAGUUCGGCAGGCAGCUUGUUUGGCAGCCGGUGCCCUGCAGAUCCGUGAUAAGAUGGUCCUUGAAUGCCUUCUGAAUCUGACAGAGAAAGAUCCCUACUGGAAAAUCAAGGCCUUUGCCAUUCGAGCUUUGGGACAAAUUGGCCAAGUGAGUCCCCAGCUGACAGACCUCCUGCUCUGGGCUAUCCACUAUGAAAAAUCACCAGGUGUACGACUUGAAGCCUGCCGUAGCAUCCAAGCCCUCAAACUUCAAGGACACCGGGUCCGGGACACUUUCCUAGACGUGCUACUCUUAGAGGACCACGAAGCUGUUCUAAAAGAAAUUCACCAUACAAUGAAGAUACUCAACUUAGAAAAUGAAGGAAACCAAGAAAUGCUUCAGAAGAUCAAGAACAAGAUUCAAACACUGAGUCAAAAGGAAUUGUUGGUACAAAAAAUAUUCAAGGUUGAGACAGUCAUAAGAAAAGUGAAGGAGGAAGCAAAACGUGUUUACUUGGAACCCAAAGAAGGGCAAAAACCAUUGAAACUCCAUACUUUUCUCCAAGAAAUUUUUCAAGGUAGAGUUGGCCCCAGAAGACCGUCUGAGUUCUGUGACAUUGAAGCAGUCAUAAAGCCUGUGAGGCCCCGCACGCCAAAUCCCUGGUCACAGAGUCCAGCCCUGGGCCUAAAUACAAGAAGCAGAGGUCACUCAUCACUUGUCAAAGAUUUACGCACUGCCCGGGAAAAAAGGAUUGCGAUGGGACCAUUUGGAUCUGAAAACCAAGAUCUCCAGAUGCCUAAAAACGCAGAAGUAUUUUCCAGGGUCAUGCCAUCUUCCCCUGGAAGGAAAGGUGAUUAUUUCUAGGAUGAGCCCUUCUCUUGCUUCAAGACACAGGCAGUAGUGGACACAGUCACAUUCUGUCUCUUUUAUUGAUGUAUAAUCAUUUUGUCAUUAUGUUUAUAAAGAAAAAUCUAUUUAACAGUAGACCUGCUUUUUUAAUACGCACCAUUUACACAGGGGGUUAAAGAAAACUGACAUCACAUGAAGUGAUAGUGCGUAUUUUUCCAUAACCCAGAAAACUCAUAUGCUACACAUAGGUCAGAACUCCAGAGUUUACUAGAGCAGAAAUAUUGAAAGACCCAGAAUCUUUUGCAAGCUAAAUAAAGAGCUCUUUGAAACCCAAACUAGAAUCCCAUUUGUCUAAGAAAGAAAAUCUUAGGUGAUGUUUUUUUAUCACAAGUCUAGUCUUGUUCUAUAGCAGGUUCUUUAACUGUAAUGCACAAGGCAAUGAGGAAGCCAUGUCACUGGACUAUUACAAGAAAACUGAGCCAGUACAAUAUUUUCCCCCUUGUACUGCGUGGGUGGAUGUGACCACUUUUAGAUCCUUGGGAAACAUCACUGCAGUUUCACAAGGCUGAUUAGCAAUUCUCAUGAGCCUCAAUGUACUUAAUGCGUAAAAGACUUAGGCGUCAUGGGAGAGUUGCAAACUAUAUCUGGAUCCUAAGCUGGGAUUCUAUAAGAGCACACAAUACCCAAAAAAUUGCCAUGGAAAAGGAAAGACCCACAAUUCAAAGUAGUGUGAAUCCAGCUUUCUUCCCUAAAUAUUGACUGCUGUUUACACGCUAAACAGCUUUGGGACAUUCAAUGAUGAAAAUAAAGGCAAUAUAAAUCUCUUUUUUUCUUCCCCUAAGCAGAGUCUCUCUUCUGGUAGCACAGUUAUCAUCAGAAAUGUAAAAAGCAAUAAUUUCCACUAUGACCAUCUAGCAGCUAUGGAACAUGGGGGAAAAAGAACUUUGGGGGAUAUCAGUUAACUGCGUAACAGAAAAUCUUCCCUUUUCCUGACUCAUGUAACCCAUGUCUUUAUUAAUUUACACAUUCCAUCCAAGUGAAAUACGAAUCCCAAAAGCACUACCGCACAUAUCAAACUUUUUUCCACAUCUAUCAAAUCUGGAAAUUCUGGGAUCUGGCUACCAUAAGACA